AUGUCCGAGCAUCAAACAUCACCCGAUGGAACCAUACGGUCAACACAUUUAAAAGAAUAUGCAGAUACAAUAUCUUAUCUAAAAGCAGAAUACACCAAAGCCGUAAAUGCUACACAGCAGCAGACAACCUCCCAGGACGGCCCCGACCCUAUCCGCCGAUUGAUUGAGCUGUAUCUAGACAAUGGCGUAAACUACCUCAGUGGCGAGGAGCAGGCAUUGCUAUGCAAGUACAUUGAUCCCCAGAGAGAAGACCAGCGAGACCUGGUGUACCGCUUGGCAGAGCAGAUCCUGUGGUAUACCCGCACACCCCCAUUCACGUAUAGACUCGCGAAUUGGAUCCGUGACCAAGACAGGAACCACGAGGUCUAUUUUAGGUUGUUCCGCGAACGCUUAGACCUGCCAGACCCCGAAGAGGGAAAUACGAUGAUGUCUCUAGCAGAAGUCGGCGAGCUCAUGGACUGUCAGAUUGGUCUUGAUGCUUACAAAGAAUGGCAGAAGAAACAGGGGGGCGGAGAAAAGCGUGGGAAGUUGUCUUGA